AUGGUGUCCAAGCUCACGUCGCUCCAGCAAGAACUCCUGAGCGCCCUGCUGAGCUCCGGAGUCACCAAGGAGGUGCUGGUCCAGGCCUUGGAGGAGUUGCUGCCGUCCCCAAACUUCGGGGUGAAGCUGGAGACGCUGCCCCUGUCUCCCGGGAGCGGGGCCGAGCCCGACACCAAGCCAGUCUUCCAUACUCUCACCAACGGCCACGCCAAGGGCCGCUUGUCUGGGGACGAGGGCUCCGAGGACGGCGACGACUAUGACACUCCUCCCAUCCUCAAGGAGCUGCAGGCGCUCAACACCGAGGAGGCGGCAGAGCAGAGGGCCGAGGUGGACCGGAUGCUCAGCGAGGACCCUUGGAGGGCUGCCAAAAUGAUCAAGGGCUACAUGCAGCAACACAACAUCCCCCAGAGGGAGGUGGUCGAUGUCACAGGCCUGAACCAGUCACACCUCUCCCAGCACCUGAACAAGGGCACCCCGAUGAAGACCCAGAAGCGCGCCGCCCUGUAUACCUGGUACGUCAGAAAGCAACGGGAGAUCCUCCGACAAUUCAACCAGACAGUCCAGAGUUCUGGAAAUAUGACAGACAAAAGCAGUCAGGAUCAGCUGCUAUUUCUCUUUCCAGAGUUCAGUCAACAGAGCCAGGGGCCUGGGCAGUCCGAUGACGCCUGCUCUGAGCCCACCAACAAGAAGAUGCGCCGCAACCGGUUCAAAUGGGGGCCCGCAUCCCAGCAAAUCUUGUACCAGGCCUACGACCGGCAAAAGAACCCCAGCAAGGAAGAGAGGGAGGCCUUAGUGGAGGAGUGCAACAGGGCAGAAUGUUUGCAGCGAGGAGUGUCCCCCUCCAAGGCCCACGGCUUGGGCUCCAACUUGGUCACGGAGGUGCGUGUCUACAACUGGUUUGCAAACCGCAGGAAAGAGGAGGCAUUCCGGCAGAAGCUGGCCAUGGACGCCUAUAGCUCCAGCCAGACCCACAGCCUGAACCCCCUGCUCUCCCAUGGCUCCCCCCACCACCAGCCCAGCACCUCUCCUCCAAACAAGCUGUCAGGAGUGCGCUACAGCCAGCAGGGAAACAAUGAGGUCACUUCCUCCUCAACAAUCAGUCACCACGGCAACAGCGCCCUGGUGACCAGCCAGUCAGUUUUACAGCAAGUCUCUCCGGCCAGCCUGGACCCUGGCCACAAUCUCCUCUCACCUGAUGGUAAAAUGAUCUCAGUCUCAGGAGGAGGUUUGCCCCCUGUCAGCACCUUGACGAAUAUCCACAGCCUCUCCCACCAUAAUCCCCAGCAAUCUCAAAACCUCAUCAUGACCCCGCUCUCUGGCGUCAUGGCCAUUGCACAAAGCCUCAACACCUCCCAAGCACAGAGCGUCCCAGUCAUCAACAGUGUGGCCGGCAGCCUUGCAGCCCUACAGCCUGUCCAAUUCUCCCAGCAGCUGCACAGCCCUCACCAGCAGCCCCUCAUGCAGCAGAGCCCGGGCAGUCACAUGGCCCAGCAGCCCUUCAUGGCUGCUGUGACUCAGCUACAGAACUCACACAUGUAUGCACACAAGCAGGAACCCCCCCAGUAUUCCCACACCUCCCGGUUUCCAUCUGCGAUGGUGGUCACAGAUACCAGCAGCAUCAGUACACUCACCAACAUGUCUUCCAGUAAACAGUGUCCUCUGCAAGCCUGGUGA